AUGCCUACCGACAACAAGGGCGCGUCUUACACCUACAAGAACUCCGGCACCAACAGCCAGGGCAACCACUAUUGCACCCGCGACUAUGGAUCUGGUGCCGCAAACCAGAAUGCCUAUCACUACUCCAACAAGAAUGGCUCUUACUACUACUCCAACUCGGACGGUAGCAAGUACUACAACAAUGGAAUCGGAGAAGCCUGGUACACUCCUCCUGCCCCAAGUGCCUCAAAGAAGUGA